CAAUCCUGUUUUUCCUCAUGUGUGUUUUACUCUCCUCUUUCUCUAUUGCUUUUGGUGCUUUUUGACAUAUUGUUGCUACUUAACGUGACCUGAGAAUGUUGCGCCAGCGCUACCAAUCCUCUUAGUGCCAGUCACUGAUUCAACGAGUCACGUGUUGAAUGAGCAAAAGUGUGUUAUUGUUAUUCAAAGCCUUAAUCUGGCCCUUGAAAGAAGACAAAAUGGAGUACAGUGAAUCGAUGCUUCCAGACCCACCGCAUCUCUGCGAUAUAUAGAGAACCAUAUACGUACUGUACCUUCUCCUUGAUAUCAUCAAAUAUGCCAGAGUUAGCAUACAAGAGGUUGCGCAGAUGCUCAUUUUUGGUUCAUUGUAGCAUUCGGCUCCAGCAUGCGGGUUUGGUCCGCGAACAGUUAAAUGAACGAGCGAGGACAAGUGAGAGAGCAGCAACAAGGAAGUGGAAAAGAGGAGGAGGAUGAGAGCCGUGUGAGCGAGCAAGGGAGAGAGGGAGGGUUGGUUUGUAUGUGAGAAAGUGACAGAGAGGAGAAGAGAGCGCGAGAAAGCAAGCUGCAGCAGCAGCCAGGAGAUAAAAAAGAAAGAAGGGAGAAAAAAAAGCUUUUCCUCUGCUGGCGAGCUAGCGAGGGGAUAACGCAAGCAAGCAGGCGGUGGGAACCAGGCGAGGUGGUGGAUGAGUGGUGUGGGGGGGGGACACGUCCAGGCGAGAUUCUGGCACUGGAGCUACAGGAGGCCGAAAAACAGCAUUGAAUGCAGGGGGAGGAGGUGACGGCACAAAACAUCAGGCAGUGACACCAUCACGUCGCUUGGAACUAGCUUGUCUUGAGGAGGUGACGCCCUGUGAAUGGGGUGAACUUCCAGACUUCCCUACGACGGAUGCGGAAAAUCUACUUUUAAGUCUUGUUCACAGAAUCUGGAUUAUCUCAGCGACAUGACUUCAGUCCCGAUGCCUCCUCAUAAUUAGAUGCAGCGAGGGGCUGUUACCACAAAUAAAAUCUCCCCUCCGGGCCGUAAGGACAGAUCAAGACUCGUCGUCCUCCCCAAACUCUGGAUUUACUGUGCCGUCGCAUUGCGCCACCUGAUGGAGGCUUUCCUGGCACAUUGAAAAAUUUUUAUGGCCGGAAAUAAUUCUUGCUGCUUGACCGCAUGAUACUUCUUGACAUGGAUGGCAUCGGUCUUCAGAGUGGUGCCUGGGGUUGUUUCUCCGCAGCUUCUGUCAAGCAUAGAUGAUUCCAUAGGAACAUGCCCGGCAGGAAUUAGUUGCUGCGAUGUUUUGACGCCUGUAAAACCGGCAGCUCACGUGACUGCUUGAAGCUGAUGCCCACCUCUCCAGCAAUCUGUGAAAAGAUAGGCCAAGCCGGGCUCCAUUCUGCGUCGACAUUGGCUGGCUGCGCUCUGUGUGUCUCCCUCACAACCAAUCCAGAUGCGGUGCACUCGGAAAUCAGAGCUUUCAUUCACGACGCGAGACAUCGGCUGCAUCGCCUUUUAAUACCUCUUUCGCUAAGCCUACCGGAUUGGAAUUCUCCCCAGGGACGACCUACGCUUCUGCAGUAAAGGGGCGGGAGGGGCAGGGGGGGGGUACAUCAUGAAUUCAAGGACUUGCAACAUGUAAUCCAAGUGUCAUGAGCGAGGAAGAACACUUUGAAAUAUUGCGGGUCUCCGUAAUGCUUUGACGCCCCGGAUGAUGCUGCACUUUUCUGAUGCCAUAUGGGCCACAUGCCGUUUAUCACCUCGCUUGCCGAGGCGCCCUUUUGAUAAAACACUCGCUGAAAUCCCCUGCAAAUUUUCCUUUACCUCCGCAUGUUUCUGGUGUCCGUGUCCUUGAACCCUCACAGAAGUCUUCCGGGAAGUAAAAUCAAGGAGAAAAUUGAGCAGUUCCCUUGUGUAUACUCGGACUCUGACUUCAGCUUGAGAGCACAGGUACUCUGACUCGAUGACCAUUUAAGAGAGAGUUAAAAAUGUAGCAGGGUGGGGGUGAAGCUGCAACUGAAUCAUUUAUUGGCUGAAAAGGUUCUUUCCCAGAGAGAAGGCAUCCAUGUUCUUUGUCAGGUCCUCUUAAAUGGGAUCCCCAUUUUCUCGCUUUGUUGUGCAUCAUACCAACCCUCCUCCCUUCUCCCAAGAGUCUAUAAUUUCAUGGGAUUUUGCCGCGGCACAGUUUGAAAAGUAUUUUCUCCGCCGCGACUGACGACGAGAAGAUGGGGAACUCGCUGGGUUGUGUCAGGCCUCCGCGAGACUCGGAAGUUGUCGCAGGUCCUCCGCUGUCAACCAAGAAGCGGUUACGUUUCGGGCGACGACGCAAAGGACGGAAAAACGGGAAUGAUGAUGAGCCUCAAGUUGUCGAGACGAAGCCUCCUUUUGAAAGGACUUGGGACUCGAGCAGUGGGCCAAGCUCUCAUCGAAUGUUGCCCGCGUUGAAUACCCCCAAACUCAGUCCGGCCUGGAGAGGAAUUUUCUGCCUCCCCGGGGAGGAAGCCGCUGCUAGGUCUGUCGUUGACGUCUCCAGCAUCCCCAGUCAAACCACCACCACGAGCCCGAUCUAUACCGCACCACCUCCGGGCAGUACCACCACCCCAGGAGGCGGUAGGAUCUGCCACGUUCGUGAGAAAGUCCACGGGGUCGUGGAAAAACCUUGCACGCUUGAAGAAGACCAAUCAAAUAAAUGUGAGCGGACAGGGAGUGAACGGAUCAAACGACGGGCAGCGGGGGCAUUAGAGGUGAAGUCUUCUUUUGGAGAGCACAAUGGUGUGGUCCACAUCAAAGAGGUGGAUGGUAAGCUCUGCGUGGUGAGGACAGUGUACCCCAGUGACUAUGGCUCUCCGGUGUGGAAGGGUGAGUGUGACCGUCAAGUGGAAGUGCGCAAAGAGCCCCCUGCUCCUUUUCCGGUGACCGGAAAUAUUCUCAAAGUCCAACUAUCGGAGGGCGAAGGAGACACGGAAGAGGACGCCUUCAACCAAACCUGGAUGCCCGACAAUCUCGUCAGUGAAGGACUUGGCUUGGAAACGCAAGAGAGAUGCUCUCUCUUGGAAUCGGGCUAUGCCAGUGACCUCCCACUCACCUCGCCAGAAACGGCCGUCACCACUCCCAGCCAGGUGGACUGGCAGAAGCUAACCAAUUGCUCUUCGGAGAGAUUGGACGCGAUGGCGGAAAGUUCGCAGACAUUGCAGCAGCAACAGGCUGCUGAUCGACACCUGCCGCAGAUUUCCGAGAUUUACGUGUGCGGUGAGUCGGGUGACCUCACCGCUAAAGAGAAGCUGCUACUAUGGAGCCAGCAGGCUACCGAAGGCUACCCAGGCCUGCGCUGUGUCAACUUCACCUCGUCGUGGAGCGACGGACGCAUGUUCAACGCCCUGCUGCACAGAUACAGACCCGACUUGAUCAACAUGGAGGCGGUGUCACAGCAGAGCAACCUUGACAAUUUAGAGCACGCCUUUGAGAUUGCCGAGUCGCUAGGGGUGACGAGGCUACUGGACGCUGAGGACGUGGAUGUUCCCGUUCCAGAUGAAAAAUCAGUCAUCACGUAUGUGUCCUCCAUCUAUGAUGCCUUCCCCAAAAUCCCAGAGGGAGGAGAGGGCAUCGGCGCACAUGAGGUGGAUCAACGUUGGUCCGAAUAUCAGUCCAAGUUCUCGUCUCUGCUCCAAUGGAGCCGCCAGCAAACGGCUAUCAUGUCCGAUAAGAACUUUCCACAGAACCCAGUAGAACUCAAGGCACUUUACAAUGAGUAUGUCCACUUCAAGGAGACGGAGGUUCCCACCAAAGAGCUGGAAAAAAGUCACCUAGAACACCUCUAUAAACUUCUGGAGGUGUGGAUGGAGUUUGGCCGCGUGAAGCUUCCUCCGGGCCUCCACCCCAACGACUUGGAGGAGGAGUGGGGCAAACUCAUCCUGGAGAUGCUGGAGAGGGAGAAGGUUCUGCGACCUGCCGUGGACAGGCUGGAGUUGCAGCUUCAGAGAGCAAACAAGUUCCAGAACCUCGCCUUGGACUGCGAAGAGAAGAUCACCCUGGCCAAGAACACGUUACAAGCCGACAUGUCGCGGUCUGAGAGCGGCGAGGCGGUGCAGUGCGAGAGUGAACUGGCCUCCUACUUGCACAACUGCGAGGCGCUGAUGGCACAGAUGCAGCAGGAGCUCAAAAUGCUCCAAAAUGAAAAAUACUACCAAGUGGAGCAGCUCGCAUUCAGAUUGACGUGCCUUGAAGAAGAGCUGGUCUCUCUGCGACUUCACUGUUCCAGCCUGUACAGAAAAGGUCACUUCACGAUUAGCGAGCAUCUCAGCCAGCGCGCCCCCGCCGAGGGCCCCGGAUUCUCUUUAGGCCAAACUCUGCUGGGGGCCGCCGGUGCUGCCGAGGCUGCUCUUCUUCGCCGCCCAAUGACUCGUUCCCAGCUGGUGUCCAUGUCCUCGUCAGAGGACGAGGGCAGCCUUAGGUUCAUUUACGAGCUUCUGGGAUGGGUGGAGGAGACGCAGGAGCUUUUGGAAGGAGCUGAAUGGGGAGCGGACCUUCCUUCGGUGGAAAACAACCUGCUGGAACAUAAUAGUGUGCACGGCGCCGUGGAGGAACUGAUGAGCGGCCUGCAGGAGGCUCGCAGCUACGAGGCCAAAGUGUCGACCAACUUCAGGAGCAACUACUGCGAGACGCUGGCCAAACUGGAGCAUCAGUACGGCAAACUACGGGAGCUCUCGUCGUGUCGGCUACGCAGCCUCGAGAGUCUUCAUUCUCUGGUGCGCGAGUGCACCGAGGAGCUGAUCUGGCUGAACGAGCGCGAGGAGGACGAGAUCGCCUUCGACUGGAGCCACAACAACACCAACAUGGAUGCCAAGCGGGAGAUGUACAGUGAGUUGCGGUCCGACUUAGACGAGAAACACAGCGUGAUGCGGUCCCUCCAGGAAAUGGCACUGCGCCUGUGUCAGGAAAACCAUCCCGCCAAGCAGACUCUGGAGGCGUACAGUGCCGCGUUGCAGACGCAAUGGCUGUGGGUGGACCAGCUUUGCUUAUGUGUGGAGCAGCAUCUGAAAGACAACACGGCCUACUUCCAGUUCAUGAGCGAUUUGCGCGACUGCGAAUCGUACCUGAGGCAGCUGCAGGAGAGCAUCAAGAGGCAGUACACCUGCGACCGAAACAGCCGCCUCAGCAGGCUGGAAGAUCUGUUGCAGGACUCUAUGGACGAGAAAGAGAAGCUGAUCGAGCAUCGCGGAAAGGUGGCCAGCCUGGUGGGCCGCGCCAAGACACUGGUGCAGCUGCGCCCCCGCUGUCCCGACAGCCACCUGCCAGCGGCCAUGCCCGUCCGCGCCGUGUGCGACUACAAACAAAUUGAGACAAACGUUCAGAUCACGAUAACCCGCGGCGAGGAAUGCGUGCUGGAGGACAACGGGCAGCGCACGAAGUGGAAGGUGAUCAGUUCCACGGGCAACGAAGCCAUGGUGCCGUCCGUCUGCUUCACCGUGCCGCCGCCCAAUCAGGAAACCAUCGAUGCCGCAAGCAGGACAGAGCAGUUGUACCAGCAAGUGAUGUCGUUGUGGCACCAGAUGCACAUCAAUAUGAAGAGCGUGGUCUCCUGGCACUACCUCCUCAAAGACCUCCGCACAGUCUCCGAAUGGAAUCUGGACACGAUCCGCAGGCUGUCCGCUUUGGAGCGUCAGCAAGUCCUGGACCACUUGGACUCCCACUUGUCCGACUUUCUGUGUGACAGCAGAGAAAGCUCACUGUUCACGCCGGCCGAGCGGCGCGAGCUGGAGGCGGACGUCCGACAAGCCGAGCAGCGCUGCCGCGAGCUUUUGCUCAACAUGGAGAGUGAGGAGAAAGACGAAACUCUGUCUCGCUCGUACAUGUCGGAGCUGCAGAACGUCACCCUGCGUCUCAACGAGGCCGAGCAGCGAUUGAUUAGCGCCAUCCAGACACCAAGCCGGCUCUCGGAUGACAGCGCAGAUAAUGCCGUCAGGAUAGCCGAACAGGAGAAGCUGGAGUGUGAACUGGACGCGCUUCGCUCUAACUUGGGCGGCGUGUCUCAGAGCUGCGUGGCCUUCUUAGAAGAGAAGCCUGCAUUCUCGAGCGUCCCCGCCCUGCGCUCGGAGCUCCACCAGGCCGUGAAGAAAAUGGACAAGCUGCACCACCUCUCAUCCGUCUUUCUGCAAAAAUUAAAAACUGUGGACGUGCUGCUGCGCUGCCUGGAAGAGGCGGAGAGUCAGGUCAAGAAGUACGAGAGCAGGCUGAGCGAAGAGGACAUCCUUCCUGCAGACACGGCGGCCAUCAAAAGCCUAAGAGAUCAAUUGGGGAAGUGGCAGUGCGAGCUUUCCGAGCAGGAGGGCGUCUUCGAGUCCCUUCAGUCGAACGUCCUGCGGGCCAAAGAGGCGACGUCCCGUCUCGCCGUCCUCCACCCGGACCGCAACCCCGAGCUGGAGCGCUACCAGGAACGAGCCAGUCAGACGGCGGAGCGGUGGUGCAGUGUUAAAAAGCAGAUCGAAACGCGGCGGGCAGAACUGCAGGGAAUUGCCUCGGUUCUGCAGCAGUACCGAGAAGGACACUCGGAGCUGAUGACGUGGAUCCAAGAGACCACGCAGCGGCAGGAGAGCACGCCGGCUGGGACCACUGACAGCAAGGCUCUCUCCGAGCAACUGGCGCAGCAGACGGCUUUGGUCGCUGAGAUCGAAGAUAACCAGACCAAACUCGAUGAUUGCCAGGCUCACUCCAAACAUUACUGCACCUCAGUGAAAGAUUAUGAGCUUCAGCUGAUGACUUUCAGAGCCUUUGUGGAGUCCAUGCACAAGUCACCGGUGAAGAGGAGGAGGAUGCACUCUUCCUCUGAUGCCAUCACUCAGGAGUUCAUGGACCUGCGCACACGCUACACAGCAUUGGUCACGUUGACUACGCAACACGUUAAAUACAUCAGUGACGCCCUCAGACGACUGGAAGAAGAAGAAAAAGAGGUGGAGGAGGAGAAGGAGGCCAGGGUGGGUCAGGUGUCGGACCUCCUGGCAUGGAUUGGAGGUCUUCAAGGACGGACCGGAGGCGCCAACGCCGAGUCGUCACUUGCUGCGCAGCAGGCCAUCAGCGAGCAACUUGCCGCCAAGAAAGACGAUGUGGCCGAAGCCAUCAGAAGCACGCAGGUCUUUCUCCUUUCCAAACAAGCUGCCAAGCUAUCCCCGGAUGAGCGCGCCCACGUCGAGGCGCAGCUGGACCAGCUGAAGUCCACUUACCAUAACAUGUGUGAGGCCUCCAUGCAGCAAAUGCAGCAGCUGGAGCAGCAACUAGCCCGGGAGGAGGAGAGGAAGGUGCCACCUUGCAUUGCCGGCGUGAUCGACCUGGGAAGUGUGGAAACCUUCCCAGUCUUCCAAGCUGCCCAACGGGGUCUGAUUGACCAAGACACGACUCGUAUUCUUCUGGAGGCCCAGCUUGUCACCGCAGGGGGGCUCCUCUCUCCCGACCACUCCCUCGUCCUCUCUGUCGAUGAAAGUUUAACUAGAGGUUUGAUUGAUGCUCACACCAGGCAGUCCCUCUCAGAACUGGAGAGCACUUGGCUUUUGGUGGAAUCUGCAACCGGAGGCCAACAACUGAAUGUGCAUGCGUUAUCGUCAGCCUUGGAGGCAGGACUCAUUCAAGAGAAGGCAGGACUUCGCAUUCUCGAAAUUCUAAUGCGAGAAGAAGACUUGAAGCUUUUGUCAUCCAGGAGCCUUCAGACCAAGCUUCAGUCUAGGCUUAAAUGCAGAGAGCUGAUAGAUCCAAAUACAGCUGAGACAGUAAACCUAACCGAGUUGCUUUGGCGCUGCAUCCCAGAUGACAACUCGGGUCUUCUCCUGCUUCCUAUCAAACAGCAACCUGGAGGAAGUGUCUGCCUCCGGUCCGAUAGAAAAGUUGGCAUCUUCCGUGCCAUUGAAGAAGGCCUGAUCGAUCGGGAAGUGGCCAAGCGGCUCCUGGAAGCUCAGCUGUUUGCUGGUGGGAUUGUGGACCCCCGAUCUGGACACAGGCUGACCAUUCAUGAGGCGCUUCGUCACGGACUCAUGGACCAGGACUUGGCUUGCUCCCUGUUUGUGCGACAGCUCAAAAAUGGUGGGAUUCUCGACCCUGUAACUAGAGAACGUUUGGAUUUGGAGAAUAGUGUCGAUAGAGACCUUCUCUCCACUUGUAUGUCUCUGUUGGUCCUUGAAUCACUCUGGACGUUUAUGGGAAUGCUGUGGCCUGAAUCUGGUGAAAUCCUGUCCAUCUCGGAAGCUCUUCAGCAAGGAGUUAUCUCGGAGGAGCUAGCACGAAACAUCCUCAGGCAGCGUAAUGCUGUUGGAGCACUAUACAACUCAGAAACUCUUCAGUUGCUGUCCUUUGAGGAAGUUCUAGAUCCCGGUGUCAUCCAUAUUCUCAAAGGCAUCCAUUUGCCAGAUGUACUCGUCAACAUAAACCUGUCAGGCACACCAUCUCUGAACCACCUGAGUUGGGGUUCUUCAAGCACAGCACCUCUCACAUCCUCUCCCGCCAGCUGGAUGUUGGAUGCCAAAGCAGCAAACGGGAUGGAUGCCAACCAGCAAGCUAAACACAAGUUGCUCUUCCACCUCAUGACUCACAGCUAUGUGGACGCCCACUCAGGAAAACGCAUUGUGGUGUUAGACCCCGAGUUGCUAGACUUAGUUAACACAAUUCAGUCAAUGGUGGGACAUGCGACUAGUAGUGACAAAGUUGAGACUUGUGUCAGUCUGACCACACAAAAAGAUAAUGUCAUCACAAUGAAUUUGACGGAAGAACAGUUUACUGACAGGGAACCACAGUCAAAAGACAGAACUUCCAAUAGAGUCACACCAACCAAAUACUUGGAUCCUAGAAGCAGAAACGAACAGGGAGACAGUUACAAAGCUACACCUGAGCCUUUGGGAACUGUGAAAAUUAAUUUUGACAGAUCAUCAGAAACUACAGGAGAUAAAAGUAUAAAUGGAGAAAAAGGAACAUCUAGUCUCGAGAUUUCAACAGAAAAACUUGAAAGUCUAAGCGGGAAAUCUAUAAAUGACACAGAAGAUGUGUUUGCAGCUGAAUCCGAUCUCCUACAGACAACACUCGAGGUGGAAAACAUUGAAAACAUUUUCAAAAGUUCCGGAAACCAAGAUUCCAAUUCAAAGCAUUUGAGGAAACCUGAAAGGGCUGAAUCUGAGUUUGAAUCGAAGCUGGCCAAACCUGUUGUUGACGUCCCUGAAUCUGCAUCUGAAGAUGAUGAUGCUGAACUAUCUAGGUUGGUCUCUGACCUCUCUGAGGGAGGUCUGAUGACGGAAGAUGGUGAAAAGUUGCUCCCUGACGAAGCGGUUGCUCAGGGCAUCCUUUCCGGUCACACGGCAGUCAAAUUAAUGGCUCACAUAGGAUUAUUUGGCGGUUUCCUCGAUGCUAAAAGCGGGGAGUCGCUCAGCGUAGAUGACAUCAUGAAGGAAGGUUUACUGGAUGAAGAACUGAUGUGGAGUGUCCUGAAGUCGGAUAAAACACUUGCAGGCAUCGUGGAUGUGGAAAAAAAUCUGAUAUGUGGGGUUCGGGAGGCAGCUCAGGCUGGUUUGAUUGAUGGCACUACUGCAACUCGACUCCUCGAAGCCCAGGUGGCGUCUGGAGGCAUAGUGGACCUCCAUCGGGAUAAGAAAGUCUCCGUCACCAUGGCUUCAAACCUUGGACUGAUAGAGGACGAUCAAAGAGAGAGACUUCUUGCACUUGAGAAGGCGUACCAAGGAAAAGUGAGCGGGACUGAAAUUGCCCUCACUAAAGCCGGUUUACAGCUACAGAUGGAAGGCGUUAUUGACCCAGAGACUGAGUGUCCUGUUCCUUUGGAACAAGCCAUUGAGAAGUGCUUAAUAAACUCCAAACAUGCAUUUCAGGUGUUGCUCAGACAGGUGGCCGAGGGCGGGAUAAUCCAUCACGCUUCGGGAAUGAGGCUGCCGGUGUCUGAUGCCGUAGACAGAGGUCUUGUGGAUCGAUCCCUCGCUCCCGGCUUGGAGGAGGUCGAGUGGGCUUACCAAGGUAAAAGCAGCUCCUCAAAAAUGGAGGCUGUCGUUUUACAAGCAUCAACUGGGGCAAUUUUUGACCCCCAGUCAAGAUGUAGAGUCACAUUGAGCGAAGCUGUUAUUCGGGGGCUUCUGGAUGAGGAGGUUGCAAGUGAAGCUAUGGCUUCAAGCACAGCGACGCAGGGGGUGCUUGACCCCCAAACUGCUCUGAUUUUGCCUUACUCAGACCUUGUAAGAAAGGGUAAGAUAGACAUUGAGACGGGCAAGCGAUUUUUGGAAGUGAAACCAUUCAGUGGGAUAGAGAACAAACAAACAAAGUGCCACAUGACUCUUUCUGAAGCUUUAUAUGCAAAACAAGUUGACCCAAUUCCAGCUCUGAGACUGCUCCAAUGCCAAGCAGACAGUGGUGGCAUCGUUGAUAUCACCACUGGCAAUAGACUUCCUCUACGUGAAGCAUCUGAAAAGAAUUUGGUCUCUGAGGAGAUGAGUUUAGAAAUUGCCAUUUACCAGAUUAUGAAAGGCGGUUUAGUUAAUCCAGCAAAUGGUCAGCAAGUUUUGAAUCUCAGUGAUGCAGUUGCUUUGCGGCUGAUUUCUAGUGACAUGGCUUCAGAAAUCAAAGAAAAAUUGACUCUUUUGAAGAUAAAAAAUGAUGAUGAUGAUGAUGCACCCACUAUCACCUCAUCACGAAGCAUAGACAGCCCAGAUAUGCCUUCAUGGGGUAGUGUAGAACCUUUGACUUCUUCGGAAUCCAUUGACGUCAUAACCGAAGUAGACAAGCCACUGGAGUCAGAUCUGUCCAUCGACCUUUUGAGUAACUUUGCUGCAAAUGUUGAGAAGAGAAUACAGCAAGCCCUAGAAGAGGCCAUACCACAGAUUGCUACAGAAAAGAAGAUUCUGAAACCAAAGACGGUAGAUGAGUUGCAGAUGAACACAAAUGAACAAAAAGGAUGUACUUCUGAACGUUUGGUUCCAGAAUCGAUUCAUGCAUGGGACGGAGGUUAUGACGACAUUAAUGAAGAAGACACAACAAAGUCAGAUGGGAUCCCUAAGAAGUUGCUGUCUAAAUCCAGUGAUGCAAAAGUUAUGUCGGUCCAAGACUUUGAUUGUCCACCGACUGACUCCAGAACACCUGAUGAGGAAGAACAUAUCAAACCAAGUGACGAGGAACGUAAGAUGGGGGAAGUUGUCGUGAGGAAUGUUGGAGAAACAGAAAAUAUUUUGACCUUUGAAAUGCAGGCUACUUCUGCCAUGGAGCAGCAAAAACUGAUGUUGGAGGAGGCCCUAUUCCAAAUCGGUAGCUCAGAUAAGAUUCCUGAAGCAACGAAUGUAGAUAAACUACAGAAAAGUCAACAGAGCACAGAUGAACAAAAACAAAGCAGACCUGAAGGUUUUGACGCAGCGUGGAUUCACGAAUGUGACUCUAAUUUUAACAAAAGUGUUAUGGAAGAGGACAGGAAAAAAUCAAAUGGUAAACCUGACAAGUUGCUGGAUAUGCAUAACGUUGUUGGUCCACUGACUGAGUCGAAAACAGUGGAGCAGAAGGAUGACAACAAAGAACGAGUUCAAACAAAUGAGGAGGAAACUAGUGUGCGGUAUGUCGUCGAAGCCACUGUUGGUGCAAGAGAGAAUAUCUGCAUUGAAACCGAGGCUGAUGAGAGAAGUACGUUGGCCCAGAUCACAGAUGGUUCAUCGAGUGAGUCCGUAAGAACACGCAACAAAGAAAGCAGGAUGGGCGUUGUCGAGAGGAACGAUGCCGAAAGAGAGAAAACUUUGAGCUUUGAAAAAGAGGAUUAUUUAGUCAUGGAAAAGCAAGUACUGCUAUUUGAGUCUUCGGAUCAAGGAAGUAAAACCAAGAAAAAGAAGAGGAGUAAAAAGAAAGCUAAGGUAGCAGAGGAAGACGAUAAAACACAGCAACCAGAAAUCAAACUUGGACCUGAAACCUGUCAGCCAGAGAAAGCAUCAUCUAGUCACGGCAAGACAUUUGGCACUCCUCAAGAGGACAACACUGAAUCACAGAAAGAACCAGAUGCUGAACCUCACGUGGUAAAACGACGACACCAAAAUGAGGAAACUGACCAUGGGAAUGUGACAACCCCAUCACUGGAGGGCACUGACGAGAAGAGGGUGCAGCGAAAACAUGAAGCUGAAGACCCUCAGUCCAGCCCUAAGCAACUACAACAAUCAAUCGGCACUCAAGAGGGGAUCGGAAAUAGCAAGCAGGAUGUAACCGCAAAAGCGGGUAUGCUGGCUGAACAGAAGGCCGCCAUGAAACUGAAAACGAGAGAGAGCGACCUCAGGAAGGUGUUUGAGGCUGGCGUCAGCGAAAGAGAGGCUGCUGAGGAAGUCGUGAAGAGGGGGGACACAGAAGAGUAUCUCAAGAGUGAUGACGUGAGCGAGGAGCAGGACAAACUAGAACCGGUAGUUGCCAAAGUAAAUGCCAGUGUUUCAAUAUGCGAGAGCUUCAAGAAGGUGCAGCUUCCAGCUGACAAGCCCGCAGGGAGUAAGCGAAGUAAGAAGUUCAAGCGUUUCAAAGCUCAGCCUUCCGAAUCGCACGCAGAUCAGAAAUACCCCGAGGAACCGAAGCGUGACGCUCUUGAAGAAAAGCCUUCAGACAAGACGAAAGUUGGCGAUUCUUGUGAGGAACUCUCAAGACCACCGCAUCAUCAUCCCGAGGCCCAGUCUGGUGCUUGCGGCACAGGAGCAGAACAAGAGAAGAAAGAGCGUCAACCACCCAACGUUACUACUACCAAAGAUCUUGAAGUUAAGUCUCCAAAAACCACCCCACUCCUCUCAGACGAGGAGUCUGCUGACUCCGGAUCAACGGGACCUCCCGAAUCACUUCCAGCUUUUGCCAGUCAAGGAGCAGCAGAUGGUGUAGAAGUGAUGUUAAGUGAAGUUGAAGUGGAAUCCACUUCUGGCAAGUCACCACGAGUGCAUCAGGAGUGCUUAGAGCGCGACCAAAGGAUCAUAGCGCUUGUCUCCAUGGUCAGACACCUGGAAGUCAGACUCAAGCAGCAGCAGCAGCAGUCAGGUGGACGCAGUCUCGUCGCCUUGGAUGACAUCAUCAGGCAGACACAGGAUCUGGAAGUGGAACUGCGAGAGCUGGAGCCCAAGGUCACCACAGAAGUGAAGGCUGCCCAGACGCUCUUGAUGCGCCGCCCCGGAGUUGUUCCUCCACAGCUCCUUAUAGCUUUGGAGAAGGACCAGAAGAGGUUGACGCGAGCGUACCAGGCGGCCAAAACACUUUCUGGGGACAUGCUGCAAAACCUGCGAGACCGCAGAGAUUCAUACAAGGAGGCCGUAGAAACUGAACUGAAGUCACUUGGUAGACAAGUGGAGGCUCUGAUCUCCUGGGUGAGAGAGACAGAGGCACUUGCAAAUGAAGAGAGUGAAACCAUGGAUGAAGAUGGCCGGCUUUUGCAUCAGUUGCGUCUUUCCCAGGAUCUUCAGAGCAGCCUGACGUCCCGCUCUGGCGACGUGGCCCAAGUGGCUUCAGACGUCCAAAUUUUUGUUUCGGAGCGGGCACAGGACCUGGAGCCCCAGCAGAGCAGGUGCCUUCUGUGGCAGCUGAAGCAGCUGCAUAGGGCCUUCCACAGUGCGACGGGACAAGCCCGGGCCGGGGCAGCCGCUCAGCGGGAGCAUGAGGAGGAAUGGCGGCACCAAAAGGAAAGGAGAGCCGACGUCGAGGUCAAGCUGAAGGAGAAACAGGUGGUCCUGCAACAGAAAGCGGAAUGUUCUCACAAACUGGAAGAUCUUAGGGCCUGGUUGGCAGGAGCCGCCGCCACUCUGGCAAAUCAGAGAGUGGAAUCGACUGCGGAAUCGGAUGACGUGAACAUCCUGCAGCACAGGCAAAAAAAGCUAAAGGAAGUGCAGAAGGACCUCCAGACCCGAUCGGAAGAAGUGGCCGAGGCCAUCCGCUCUGUGGAGGACUUGCUGGCCGAGCAAGGGGAAAGUUUGAGUGCGGAGGAGCGAGAGGGCCUGCAGGUGGAACUGAGGUGGUUGAAGGAGCAGUACUCCGCCCUGACGGAGGCGGCCAACGCGUCCGUGACCGAGGUGGAAAAUACUCUCGACGCCACGCUGCAGCACAACACACAGAGGGCUAAAGCAUUUGAGGAGCUCCAGCAGACCCAGAACCGGAUGGACUCCCUGCUGAAGGACUUAACCGCCGCUCACCAAUCAGCAGCUCAAGACGUUCCUGACCUGCCCUCCUCGCACCCUGAUUCUGCCGUCACAUCCCACACGGGGGCGCUGCAGGCCGAACUUCAGCGACUGCAAGCACAGCAGACCCAGCUUCUCCACAUCAGCCAAUCAGUUCGCGCGUUGCUGGACCAGCCCGACUCCACGGUUCCUCCUGAGGAGAAGCGACGUCUGCGAGCCACACUUGAUCAACUGCAGUCUGAGCACCAGCAGAAGCUACACACCUGCCAGGAGCAACUGAGGAAGUCUGAGGCGUUGAAGGACGAUCUGACAAAGUUUCUCCAGGAGCACGGCGAUCUGGGCACCUGGCUUGAGCAGUGUGAGCAGGAGCUGAAAUAUUUGGGGGAAGGCGAAACGGACGCUCAAGAACUGAAGAACCGACUGGAGGAGCACAGAAAGCUGGCCGAGGACAUCAUCUGCCACAAGGCCGACCUGCGCUUCGUUUCCAUCUCCGGUCAGAAGGUUCUUGACUCCUGUCAGGGCGCCAUGGAACAGCAAGAAGGCGCGGGCGAUGCUGCUGCUCUGGAGGCCACCAAGCAGCUGGUUACGGACCAGCUGCAAGACGCAAACCACAGAUAUACCUCACUCCAUGCCAAGUCGUCAGAGUUGGGUGGGCGCCUGUCAGGACUUCUGGAGCGCUACCAGCAGUACCAGGACGAGGUGGUCUCGCUCCACUCUUGGCUCAGCGUCCAGGAGCAGAACCAAAGCAUCGCCCAGCCUUGCGGAUCGACCGACCCCCAAGCCUUGCAGGACACCCUGCGGCAAGUCCAGCUACUGCAGGAUGAGAUGGCCGAGCGUUCGGUUCAGUUGGAAAAGGUGAAGCGAACUGGAAGAGUUCUGGUCAGUGCGGAUGAGUUUCCCUCCCUGAAGGCUGUGGACAUCUUGUGUGCCGCAGACGGUUUGGAGAAAAGGUUCUCGUCUCUGACGGCAUCCGUAUCGGAGCGGGCCAAGCAGCUCCAGACGGCCGUGGCACAGUCGGUCAGUGUGCAGGAGGGGUUGAAGGCUCUGCUGGCCUGGCUCGACACCCUGGAUCUAGACCCCGGGCCCGUGGAGCCAACGGUGCAGGCGCUGCAGGACGCCCUGACUCAAAAUCAGAAACUUCGUCAGGAGCUCGUAUCGCGGCAGGGCAGUGUGGAGGCCACGCAGGACUCUGUCUCCGAGUUGCUCCAAAGCCCCGAUGCCCCCAUGGCAUCGGGCUUGCAGGGGUCGUUGGACGAACUUCGGCAAAGGUUCGCCGCCGGCCAGGUCAGCCAAGCAGAGCGGGAGGCAGAGCUGAAAAUGUUGCUGCCCCGGCUGGAGAACUAUGAACGACUAGCAGGCGACCUGCGGGCCUUCAUCCAGAGUCGUGCCAAAGCUCUGACUCCAGCGGGGCAGCCUGAUCGCUGCGUGAAUGACUACCGGCAGAAUGUGCAGGAAGUGAAGUCGGAGCUGCAACAGGAAGCGCCUCAGCUGAAGUCUUUCUGCGGCCUGGCGGAAGAGGUCAGCACAUCGCAAGUUUUGAGUCACACACAAAGCCUCCUGGAACACGUCAAAGGCAUGUCGGAUGACUUCAAGCAACUGGAGGACGAUGUCAACCAAAGACUGGCGGCCAUUUUGGAUUGCGAGCAGCAGCUGCUCCACUUCCGUGGGCUCUCUGGCUCCCUCCUCAGAUGGCUUCAGGCGGCGCAGGAGCAGCUGCCCGCCAAGGAGGUCGCCCUGGACACUGAGGCGCUGCAGAGGCGAGUGCAGCAGCUGCAGGAACUGUCGAAGGAGUGGGAGUCGCAGGCGUCCAGGGUGCAGGAAUUGAACAAAAGCAGCUCCGAACUGGAGGCGCAAGUCAUUGACAUCACAGCCCCACAGAACAAAUCGGGUGCUCCCCAAAUCAACGGAUCUGCUCCCGGGAGCAUCAACGGCGUUCAUACUUGUAAAGACUUGACGGAGAUCCAAGUGGCCGUGUCUGACGUCAACACCCGACACGAGGCCCUGGGCGUCGACUUGAAGGAGCGCCUGGGCCGCCAGCAGGCCUCGCUGGAGCAGAGGCGGCAGGCCAGGCGUGGCGCCGAGGAGCUGCAAAGCUGGCUGAAAGACAAAGAGGAGAACCUCGCGCAGGGACAUGCAGCCUCGCCGUCCAAGCCGGAAGUGGUUCGGGCCCAGGCCCAGGAGAACAAGGCACUGAUGUCGGAGUUGGCUCAGCAAGCCGCCAGGGUAGAGGAGCUGAAGGGAACCCUGAGGAAGCUCAUCGCCGAAAACCCCGACUCCCCCGAGGCAGACACAUGGAGGCAACAGUUGCAGGAAAUCGACUCCCGUUGGCUCUCUGCAAAUCAGACGGCGUCGCGGCGUCAGACGGAGCUGGAGGCAUGCGCCUACCGGCUGGGCAGCUUUGCCGCGGCAGCGUCUCAGCUCGGCCCCUGGCUGCGUGAGAAGGAGUUAAUGAUGAGUGUGCUUGGUCCGCUCAGCAUCGACCCGAACAUGCUAAACACGCAGAAGCAACAAGUACAGUUCAUGCUGCGGGAGUUUGAGACCCGUCGACCGCAGUUCGACCAACUCACCCAGUCGGCCGAGGGUAUCCUCUUGCAGACACAGGACCCCAAAGAGCUGGAGGAUGUCCGGGCCCAGCUGGAGGAGGUUUCCCAGCAGUGGCGUGAGCUGAUGGGCAAGCUGGACCAGCGUUCGGAGCACAUCAACCAGGCACAGGGCACCAGCGAGCGCUACCACGCGCUCUUGCGUGAGCUGUCGGCCAGCACGGCGGCGCUUGCCGAGCGUCUGGACGGCCAGGCGGAGCUGAGCGCCCGACCCGAGGCGCUCAGGCAGCGCCUCCAGGAGACGGGCGAGAUCCGCUCCGAGCUGGAAAGGCGCCGCGGCGAGCUGGCCGAGGCCGAGCAGCUGUGCCAGGAGCUGAGUGCCAUCGUGGCUGAGCCUUAUCUGAAAGACGAGCUGAAGAAGAGGCUAGAAAACGUCAGCGUCCCGCUCAGGAGUUUGGAGGAACGUGCAGCGGACGGUCUGUCUCAGCUGCAGGCUGCGUUGUCCUCCACGCAGCAGUUCCAGCAGAUGUUUGAGGACCUGCGCUCGUGGCUUGACCAGCAGACGGAGCUUCGGGACUCGUCGCCGGACGCGCUGCCCUGCCGUCCCGAGGCAGUCCAUUCGCUGCUGUCAUCUGUCGCCGACCUCCAGCGCUCUGUCGCCGCCCAACGGGGCUCCUAUGAAUUGAUCCAGGCAGAGGGCGCGUCGCUGCUGGCCGCCCUGCCCACCGAUGGGGACGAGCGCACUGCCCUGCAGUCCCGCCUCACCUGCUUGCGGCAGGACUGGGAGGAUGUCAACAGGAGGGUCUCAGAGCGGGAAAACAGACUGAAAAGCACCCUGAGCCUGGCGGAAAGCUACCAGCGGCACAAGGCCGAAUUUGCGCCCUGGCUGGAUCAAUGCGAGGAGAAAGACGCGGAAAUCCAGCCGUCGCUCGACCCUUUGUGUCUGGAUGAGGCCCUACAGAAAGUCAAGGGGCUGGCCUUGGACCUGGAGCGACGACAAACCCUGCUGGUGGCCUUCAAUACAGCGGCGGAUCAGCUGCUCGAUCAGGGCUGCGUCGGAGCGGAUGAGGUCCGAGACGAGAAGGCGCAGCUGAACCGGCGCAUGGACGCCCUGGGCGAGCGUCUCCUCGGUAGCACGUCGCAGCUGGAGGAGCUCUCGGGCCGACUCAAGGAGUUUGAGGAAGGUCGGCAGGCGGUGGAGAGACGCCUGGAGGCCGCCAAGCACCAGAUCGAAGUCCAAGAGGCGCUUGGACCUCAGGCUUGUAGCGCUAAGAGCUUGGAGAGGCUGAGGAGCCAGCAGGAAAACCUAGCAUGCCUGCAGCCUCAGGUGGUCUACCUGCGCGACCUGGCACAAGGACUGGUGCAGGAUGCCCCCCAGAGGCCAGAGGGCAGCACUGAGGGCGCGCAGAGGCUGCAGGAGCAGGCGAAACACACCCAGAACGAGUUUGAUGAUGUCAGCAGCAAGCUGGAACAGUGUUGCUCCACGCUGGAAUCGCGUCUGCACGGCGUGGGCGAGGUCCAGUCCCACAUUCGCGACGUCUUCUCACGGCUGGCCGACCUGGACGACGAGUUGGACUCGCUGGGCCCCGUUGGGCGAGACGCUGACUCCCUGGCCUCGCAGGCGGACACGCUGGGGGGCUUCCUGUCGCGUCUGGCCGCCCUCCGCACGGAGCUGGAGACGCACGCCGCCGAGUGUACGGGCAUGUUGCGUCGCGAGGGUUCCUCGCCUGACCUGCUGGCUCUCAGGCGUGAGACAGAAGCGCUUGGUCGGCAGGCUGGAAAGCUGAGCGAACGCGGCCAAGCGCAUCUGGUGCAGAUCCAGGACGCCUCCGAGCGAGUGGACGACUUCUACCGGCUGGUGGACGAACUGCAAGGCCUGCUGGGAGCCGCCGAGGAGGGUCUGAACACGCAGGCCCCGGUGGGCUCCGAGGUGGACGUCAUCAAGCAGCAGCUCCUGGACUUCAAGGCUCUGGAACGUGAGCAGGUGGACGGCAUUCAGGUCAAGCUGCAGCAUGUCAACGCCGUAGGCCAGGGUCUGAUCCAAAGCGCUGGCAAGAACACGGACACGCGGGCGCUGGAGCAUGACCUGGACGAAACCAACCAAAGAUGGAACUCACUCAACAAGAGGGUGGCCGAGAGGAUCGCCCAGCUGCAGGAGGCCCUGUUGCAUUGUGGGAAAUUCCAGGACGCACUGGAGCCGCUGCUCAGCUGGCUGAGCGACACAGAGGAACUGGUUGCCAAUCAGAAGCCGCCGUCGGCUGAGUACCGAGUGGUCAAGGCCCAAAUCCAAGAGCAGAAGCUUCUCCAGAGGCUGCUGGAUGACCGGCGGCCCACAGUGGAGAUGAUCCGCGCCGAGGGCGAGCGCAUCUCAUCCACCGCUGACGCUCAGGACCGAGAGAAGAUCCAGAUGCAGCUGCAAAGUCUUGCCGAGAGGUGGAGGGAUCUCCUCGACAAGGCCAGCUCCAGGCAAAGGCAGCUGGAAGAGCUGCAGGUGUUGGCGCUCCACUUUCACGAGGCUCUGGAGCCGCUUGGCGAAUGGCUGAGUGCCACCGAGAGGCGCGUAAGCUCCGCAGAGCCUAUGGGAACCCAGACGGCCAAGAUCAGCCAGCAGAUUGUCAAACACAAGGCCAUCCAAGAUGACGUGUGCGCCCGCGAGUCCGACGUGUCCCGCCUGCAUUCCCUUAGCCAAUCGUUGGCUCCGCUCAGCUGCGCAUCAGACCGUGAUUGGCUGGGAGAUCGGGUGGAGGCGGUGCAAUCGGGCCACGCCCAGCUUUCUGAGUGGUGUGCACGACGGGCGGCGCUGCUGGAGCAAGCGCUGGCCAACGCUCGUCUUUUUGGAGAGGACGAGGUGGAGGUUCUCAACUGGUUGGCUGAAGUGGGCCAGCGGCUGGCGCUGGUUUCGGUGCACUGUUACCGAGCUGACGCGCUGGCCGAGCAGCACAAGCACGCGCUGUCUCUAAACGAGGAGAUUGUAAGCAGGAAGAAGACAGUGGACCAGGCCAUCAAGAACGGACAAGCACUACUCAAGCAGACCACAGGUGAAGAGGUCCUGCUGAUCCAGGAGAAGCUCGACGGCAUCAAAUCUCGCUAUGCCGAGAUGACCGCCGGCAGCAGCAAAGCGCUGCGCAUGCUGGAGCAGGCGCUGCAGCUGGCCACGCGAUUCGCCGCCGCCCACCAGGACCUCAACCAAUGGCUCGACACCGUGGAAGCAGAGCUCAACGAUGUGGAGCCCGACGCCUCGCUCGCCUACCAGGAACGACAGAAGGAGUUGAAGAAAGUGUCAGCUGAGAAGCGGCUGGUGUUGGACAUGGUCAAUGAGGUGGGCAGCGCCCUGCUGGAUCUAGUGCCCUGGCGAGCCCGCGAUGGCCUGGACAGACUGGUCGCUGACGCCAACCAGCGCUACAGACAGGCGGACGACAUCAUCACACAGCGGGUGCAGCUCGUGCAGGCCGCCAUCCAGAGGUCGCAGCAGUUCGAAGAGGCGGUGGACGCAGAGCUGGCCUGGGUUAGCGAGAUGGAGCGCAAGUUAGCAUCGCUGGGCCCGCUGAGCCUGGAGCCUGACGUGACGGUGGCCCAGCUUCAGGUCCAGAAGGCCUUCAACAUCGACAUCAUCCGCCACAAGGACACCGUGGACCAGCUGCUCGCCACCAGGGACGACAUUCUGGAAACUUGCAGCGAAACCCAGAAGGAUGUGCUGAAGGUGAAGACCGACUCAUUGAGUGCCCGCUACGACGCUGUCAACCAGAGCCACAGCGGGCGCUUUGCGGCGCUGGAGCAGGCUCAGGUGCUGGUGGUCCGCUUCUGGGAGACCUACGAGGAACUGGAGCCGUGGCUGGGUGAGACCGAGACCCUCAUUGGGCAGCUGCCGCCACCCGCCAUCGACACGGACACCCUGCGCUUGCAGCAGGACCAGAUGAGGCUGCUGAGAGAGUCCAUCGCCGAGCACAAGCCGCACAUCGACAAGCUACUGAAGAUCGGACCCCCGCUGGCCGAGCUGAGCGCCACCGAGGGCCCGCGGGUGACGCAAUGCUACGCCGAAGCCGAGCGCCGCUACCUGGCAAUUAAGGAGCAGGUGAAGAGUCGCGCGGCGCUGCUGGACGAGGCCGUGUCGCAAUCCGCUCAGUUCCACGAUAAGAUGGACCCUCUUCUGGAGACCUUGGAGGCGGCCGUGCAGCGCCUACGUCAGCCACUUCCAGUGGCGGCCGAGGUGGAAAAGAUCCGCGAGCAGUUGGCCGAGCACCGGGCGCAGGGUCUGGAGCUGGACAAACUGCUGCCCAGCUUCUCCGCCCUCUGCGCCCGGGGAGAGGAACUCAUCAGCCGGGCGGCCCACGAUGAUCCAGCCGCCCAGGCCGUUCAUUCCCGCCUACUGCGCCUGCGCUCAUUGUGGGACGAGAUUCGCCAGCGUGCCGAGGAGCGCGAGAGCAAACUCAACGACGUGCUAGACCUGGCCAGCAAGUUCUGGGCAGACAUGGCGGCGUUGUUGAGCACGCUGCGCGACUCUCAGGACAUCGUCAAGGAGUUGGAGGACCCUGGCGUGGACCCCUCGCUCAUCAAGCAGCAGAUCGAGGCCGCCGAGGCCAUCAAGGCAGAGACUGACGGCCUGAGGGAGGAACUGGAAUUUGUCAGGACCCUCGGGGCUGACCUCAUCUUCGCCUGCGGAGAAACCGAGAAACCCGAAGUUAAGAAGACCAUUGACGAGAUGAACGGCGCUUGGGAAGGUCUGAACCGGACGUGGCGAGAAAGGAUGGAGAGGCUGGAUGAGGCCAUGAGCGCCUCCGUGCAGUACCAGGAUUCACUGCAGUCCAUGUUCGAUUACUUGGACAACGCGGUGAUCAAACUGUGCGAAAUGACAACAGUGGGCACUGACCUGGGAACAGUCAAACAUCAGAUUGAGGAGCUCAAGCAGUACAAAGUGGACGUGUACCAGCAGCAGAUCGACAUGGAGAAGCUGUGCCACCAGGGGGAGCUGCUGUUGAAAAAGGUUUCAGACCAGACAGACCGCGAUAUGAUCCAGGAGCCGCUGACCGAGCUGCGCCACCUCUGGGACAAUUUGGGGGACAAGAUCACUCAGAGACAGCACAAGCUGGAGGCUGCCCUGCUGGCCCUGGGUCAGUUCCAGCACGCCCUUUCUGAACUGCAGGCCUGGCUGAGCCACACAUACACCACCCUGGACACCCAGCGACCAAUCAGCUCAGACCCCAAGGCCAUUGAAAUCGAACUGGCCAAACAUCAUGUUUUGCGCAACGACGUCCUGUCCCACCAUGCAACGGUGGAGGCCGUCAACGCAGCGGGCGGCGAGCUCCUGGAGUCGUCCCCGGGAGACGAAGCCACCCACCUGAGGGAACAACUAGACCAGCUCAACCACAGCUGGCAGAACCUCUUGCUCAAGACGCAGGAGCGGCAGAAGUUGCUUGAAGCCGCCUUGCACCAGGCGGAGGGCUUCCAUGGGGAACUGGAGGAGUUCCUCCAGUGGAUGAGGCGCACAGAGAGCCAGCUGUCUGCAGCCAAGCCCACCGGAGGACUCCCCGAGACAGCCAGGGAGCAGCUGGAGCAGCACAUGGAGCUCCAAGGCCAGCUGACUCUGCGGGCCGAUCAGUACAACCGGUUACUGAAUGCUGGAGAGUCCAUGCUUCUGGCUCGCGGCGGAGAGGAUGCCGGACCGGGAACCACCCAGACCCAGCAAAACCUGGCCAUGCUGCAGAAUAAGUGGGCCAGCCUCAACACCAAGAUGGACGACCGCCGGGCCAAGCUGGAGGAGGCUCUCUCGCUGGCGACGACGUUUCAGACUUCCCUGCAGGACACCAUCAACUGGCUGACGCAGGCUGAGCAGACGCUCAACAUGGCCCAGCCGCCCAGCCUCCUCCUGGAUACGGUCCUCUUCCAGAUCGAUGAGCACAAGGUUUUUGUCAACGAGGUGAACACGCACCGCGAGCAGGUUCUGGCCCUGGAGAAGUCCGGUUCGCAGUUGCGCUUCGCCAGCUUGAAACAGGAUGUGGUCAUCAUCAAGAACCUGUUGCUGAGCGUUCAGGCUCGCUGGGACAAGCUGGUCCAGAGGUCUCUAGACCGCGGGCGGCACCUGGACGAGGCUCGCAAGAGGGCCAAGCAGUUCCACGAGGCUUGGAGGAAGCUGAGCGAUUGGCUGGAGGAGGCAGAGAAUCGACUGGACUCAGAGCUGGAGAUCCCCAACGAACCGGACAAGAUCAAAGUCCAGCUGACCAAACACAAGGAGUUCCAGAAGGCGCUGGGCUCCAAGCAGCCCGUCUACGACACCACGGUGAGGUCUGGCCGGGCCAUGCGCGAUAAAGCUCAGCUGCCGGACGACACCCAGAAACUGGACCAUCUGGUGGGCGAAGUCCGCGACAAGUGGGACACAGUCUGUGGGAAGAGCGUGGAGAGGCAACACAAGCUGGAGGAGGCUUUGCUGUUCUCGGGCCAGUUUGCCGAGGCCCUCCAGGCUCUGGUAGACUGGCUGUACCGUGUGGAGCCUCAGCUGGCUGAAGAUCUGCCUGUGCAUGGUGACCUGGACCUGGUUUCUAACCUCAUGGACUCUCAUAAGGCCUUCCAGAAAGAGAUGGGAAAGAGGACGGGCAGUAUUCAGGCCUUGAAGCGCUCCGGCCGAGAACUCAUGGAGACAGGUCGGGACGACACGGCAUGGGUCAAAGUUCAGCUGCAGGAGUUGAGCAACCGCUGGGAGACGGUGUGUGCUUUGUCCGUCACAAAGCAGACGCGACUACAGCAGGCACUCAAACAGGCUGAGGAAUUCCGCACGGCGGUGCAGAUGCUACUGGAGUGGCUGUCCGAGGCCGAGCAGAGCCUUCGCUUCCGCGGUGUCCUUCCAGAGGAGGCGGAGACGCUCCAGGCAUUGUUGCACACCCACCGCCAAUUCAUGGGCACCGUGGAGGAGAAGAGGGCAGAGGUCAACCGGGCAGCGGGCAUGGGCGAGGCCAUCCUCACCCUGUGCCACCCGGACUCCAUUACCACCAUCAAGCACUGGAUCACUAUCAUCCGGGCGCGCUUUGAGGAGGUGCUGACGUGGGCCAAGCAGCACGAGCACCGUCUGGAGGCGGCACUCACCGAGGUUCUGAACAACGCCAACCUGCUGGAGGAGCUGCUGUCGUGGCUACAGUGGGCCGAGACAACCCUGGCGCAGAGAGACGUGGAGCCCCUCCCACAGGACAUCCCUCAAGUCCAAGGACUCAUUACAGAACACCAGAUGUUCAUGGAGGAGAUGACGAGAAAGCAGCCGGACGUGGACAAAGUGACCAAAGGUUAUAAAAGGAAACCCGCUGAACCUCCCAGCAGUCUGGCGGAGAGGAGAGGCCGGCGACAACAACAGCAGCAGCAUCAUCAUCAUCAAGCCUCGAUGCAGGUUUCAGGGACCAACCCGCGUCUCAAUCAGCUGUGUGCACGCUGGCAGCAAGUUUGGCUUCAGGCGCUGGACCGCCAGCGAAAACUCAACGAUGCUCUGGAUAGGUUGGAGGAGCUCAAAGAAUUUGCCAACUUCGACUUUGACGUGUGGCGGAAGAAGUACAUGCGCUGGAUGAACCACAAGAAGUCGCGGGUCAUGGACUUCUUCCGUCGCAUCGACAAGGAUCAGGAUGGGAAGAUCACGCGGCAGGAGUUCAUCGACGGCAUCCUGGCGUCUAAGUUCCCCACCAGCAAGUUGGAGAUGACGGCGGUGGCGGACAUUUUCGACAGAGACGGUGACGGCUACAUCGACUAUUAUGAAUUUGUGGCCGCCCUGCAUCCCAACAAGGAUGCCUACAGACCAACCACGGAUGCCGAUAAGAUUGAGGACGAGGUGACUCGGCAGGUGGCUCAGUGUAAGUGUGCCAAGCGUUUCCAGGUGGAGCAAAUAGGGGAGAACAAAUACCGGUUCUUCCUCGGAAACCAGUUCGGCGACUCGCAGCAGCUCCGUCUGGUGCGCAUCCUACGCAGCACCGUUAUGGUGCGGGUGGGCGGAGGCUGGAUGGCUCUGGACGAGUUCCUGGUCAAGAACGAUCCAUGUCGAGUUCAACAUCCCGGACUUAAGAUCCUUCGCUCUGACUCCAGUAGCUCCAUCUCAUCCCGUAUAGUGGCAGUCACUCCAGGCUAUUUCUGCUGCAGAGCACGCGGGCGCACCAACCUGGAGCUCCGAGAGAAGUUCAUCCUUCCCGAAGGGACGCCGCAAAGCGUGUGCGCCUUCCGCUCACGCGGCCGCCGCUCCAAGCCCGGCUCCCGCAAUGCCUCGCCCACCCGCUCCUCGUCCUCGGCCUCCCACAGCGGCGCCUCGGCACCCUCCACGCCGGCCACGCCGACCGCGUCGGCCUCCACCAGGUCAUCACACACUCACUCUCGCGACUACGCCAAGCCGUGGUUGACGCACAGUAAAAGUGCGGCAGCGACCAAGUGUCAGUGCUGCCCGGAUGUCAGCGGGGACGAGGGGGCGUCGUCGGGCUCCAAGCUGAAGCGUCCAACCUUCCAUUCCAGUCGCGGCUCACUGACAGGUGAAAACGGCGGGUCGACGCACGCCGCCAAACGAAAUGAUCCGAAGCGAGCCGGGUCCUCGGCGAGCGGUCCCACCAGCCGGGCGGGCAGCCGCGCCAGCAGUCGUCGGGGGAGCGACGCGUCCGAUGCCUCGGAGCUGCAGGACUCUCGCUCCGUCUGCUCAGACGCGUCCGACACCCCGCGGAGGCCCGGCGGUAGCUCCAAACCCUCCAAGAUCCCCACCAUCAGCAAGAAGACCCCUAGUCCCAAACCACCCACGUCCAGCAAGAAAUAAAACGAGGGUGGGGGAGGGGGGAAUGUCUUCCUUUCGCACGGUGGCGGCCCUCUCUCAUCGGUUGCUGGCAUCCAUUUUGUCUCAUAACAAUUUGGGAGAGGCCGUUUUGCUAGCUUAUAGGCACGUGUGUGUGCCACUGCAGCAAAAAAUCAGACAAACAGGAAAAUGGUCUAAAAAGGGGGACAAAAAAAAAACCUAACUUGGGCUUGUUGGCUAGCAAAUAUGCAACAUGUGACACCACGUGGAACACUCAGGGGAAUGCAGGGGCCGCCACCCAGAUUGAGGGCAACCUCACCACCACCACCACCACCAACCAGGACUUUGGCCUUGCCCCCCCCCCCCCCCUCCCCACACACAAAAAAAAAUCCCCAAAAUGGUGGCGGUGUGCCGCAAGGAGCAUGUCCUGGCUUCCAUCCAAGCGAUGGCGCUAGUGGGUCAUUUCCCUUUUGUUACAACACUUGACUGGGAGACAAUUUGACGGCGUAAAGCGAGGCUGGACGACAGCUGUAUGCCUUACCACAAUUGUCGGUCGGAAAUUUGACAUUUCUCCCUAAUGGUUGGACUGAAACACCAGGAAGGACACAAACAAAGUCAGCUCUUGGCUCUCGACCGAAAAUUCCAACACCAGGAUGGACAUGCAAAAAAAAACAUAUUUUUUUUCUAAUGCACUCUGGCCUUUUGUCACCACUUUGACUGCGAAACAACAUAAAUUUGGCGGGGUGGGGGUGGGGGGGUGAAGUCAUCGAAGCAUUUUUCUGCCGUAACCGACGCUGGGCAAUUCCGGGACACUAACCCUUCUCCUGCCAUUUAAAGCUGCUCUUGUAAUACAACUUUGCCGCUCAGGUGGCGCUAGCAAGUCAUUACGGAAGGGGGAGCUUUGUCGACAAAGUUUCAUGCCUGUAACAAACAAAAAAAAAAGAAACUGCUGCAUUCUCCUGCCUUUCUUUCUCCACCGGCUUCUGUCCCACACAAGACAGAAUUGGCCGAGGGGGACGGAGUCAACGUGGCGAUUUUCCGCUGUAACGGAGUUGGGACGACGCCUGUGUGGAAGAGGCUUCUCACAUAUCGGGACGGGGGUGUCAAGUUUUGACACCUGACACUCCAAUCUCCCCGCCUCCUUUCUCUUGCCUGUUACGGAAGGUUUUCCAUGUUACUUCUUUCUGUUAAUUUAUAAUCCUUUUUUUUGUGUUGAUCUUGAAAUCUAAUAUUUAAUGAUGAAGUUGGCAGGAGGUGAUAAACAGGUGCGUUUGUUUCGUGACCAAUCAUGUGGACUGCAUGUGAAGAGAGCAGCAGCGGCAGAGAGACCCCCCCCCCCCCCCAACUCCACCCCC